CAUAGCGCGAGCUGCUGCUCUGCACUUUAUUCCAGCGGCAAAGGAGCAACGGACAGUUAAUGGCACAUGCAUGAAUGUUCUUGGACUCAUCAGAAGAGAAACCCAAGACAGAAUGGGCCCUUCAGACCCAGCGAAUGUCACCAGUGGUAUUCCCAGUGGGGAAGGAGAAUAUACCUACUGGCAACAGAACAGCCUGGGCAACGUCAGCAUGGGUUCUCGUAAGCCUGUCUUUGUGGAUGACAUUACCAAGCACCUAAGUGUUCAGAUAGCCCUUAUAACUGCUUAUUCGCUUAUAAUCAUCCUGGGCCUGGUUGGUAAUACACUAGUUAUUUACAUGAUCAUUAUAUACAAAAACAUGCGUACCGUUACCAACUACUUCAUUGCCAACCUUGCAUUAGCUGAUCUCAUGGUAGACACCAUGUGCUUACCCUUCACACUGGCAUACACUCUGCUGGACGAGUGGAAGUUCGGGGCAGUGAUGUGUCACAUGGUGCCUUUCGCCCAAGCUCUCAGUGUCCACGUGUCUAUUCUGACACUCACAGUGAUCGCUCUGGAGCGCUAUAGGUGCAUUGUGUUUCACAUGGGCCAGCGUCUCUCCAGGUGUGCAAGUUUCAUUAUCAUCAGUCUAACUUGGGUUUUUGCGGCCAUUCUUGCUGGACCUUUAGCUAUUUUUCGGGAGUACCGCUAUGAGGAGAUUGCCUACAUUAACUUACGGAUUGCUGUAUGCUCUGAGAAAUGGCCCCAUGGCACUAAUCGAGAUGCUAUCAUCUACAGCUUCUCCAUGCUUGUGCUGCAGUAUGUGCUUCCACUGGGCAUUAUCAGCUAUGCUUAUGUGUGCAUCUGGGUCAAACUGAAGAACCACGUCAGCCCGUCCAACCGCAAUGAUGGCAUCACUCGUCGCAAGAAGACUACCAAGAUGCUGGCACUGGUGGUUGUGGUCUUCGCAGUGUGUUGGCUUCCUUUCCAUGCGUUCCAGUUGGCCAGUGAUCUUGACCUGGUCCUUAAGUUUAAAGAAUACAAGCUUCUUUAUACUCUGUUUCACAUAGUGGCCAUGUGCUCGACUUUCGCCAAUCCUUUGCUCUAUGGAUGGAUGAACAAGAAUUACAGGAAUGGCUUCAUCAUGUUCUUCCGCUGUGAACAUAAACCUGACACCAUCCAUCCUGAGGGUUCUUUCCGAACUCGAACCCUGCGAGGUUUGAUCUUGUACCAUGAUGGACAUCCUGCCACUGCUGUCUGAACCCAGCCAGAAUUGACAGCACUUUUAAAGAUUAAGCUUGGUGUAAACAAUAUACUGUAUAUGGGAUUUGUUUUCAGAGGUAUUCAAAGAUGUAAACAGUUUGCAUGCUGUGUACUGUACAAAUACUUAAUUUUGAUGAUGGUAUUUUGUAUUAAGCAUCUGUAAAUUCUACCUUGGGUUGUAAAACUGGUACAUGCUGUCUCUGAAUAGUGUUAAGCCAAAAAUGAAAGUAAUUCAAAAAUUAUUUUCUUAUGUCACAAAUAAAUCAACUGUUUCAUUCAGCUUUGCAGUUCGCCUAACUCACAACAACCCCUUUCUGCAUGUAAGUUUUAUUUAAAGGGGCUGUUGCAUUGUUAUGGCACUGAAACUAAGGAAAGCACAUUGUCCAGCACAGCAAUGCAGCUAUGAUCUCAGUUAUAAUCUCAGUAAACAACAGCUGCAUCUGUAUCUAUAUACUGUUUCCUGAACAGACAGCUGAUUCUUGAGGUGAAAAAAAGCAAAAAAUAUUGAACAACAUACUUAAUGACAGAAAUAAAACAAAUGCUUUUAUUAUAGUUUUGCAAUGCUCUGGAUUUUGACAUGUGUAAAAUGUGGUACAUAUUAGUUAUGUGUAAUUGUGAACCAUUAUUUGUGUACCCUAGAGUAUGCACAAGAAAACAUUUCUAUUGAAUUAAAGGCAUCAAACUAACAUAUACAAUAGCUGUAUAGCAUAUGGUCUAAAGUAAGGUAAAGUCUAAGAGUAAUUAAUUAUGGAAAAGGGCAAGAUUUAAGGUUCACGGAGGAGUUAUCAUACAAACUAAAGGCACAAGUUCAAAAAGUGGUACAUCAGGUAUACAAGAGUACAACAGAUUUUUUAUAUAAAUACAUAAGAACCUUUAACCUGACCCUUGCACAUUUUUUCUAUUAAAAUGGGUGUGCUUGACAUGAAAUAAUGCAAAAGUUCAUUACACUGUUAAGCAACUCUUACAGUCUACCAGAAAUAAUGGCACCCUUCAGGACAAUGGGCAAAAAUGAUUGUAUAAAAUAAAGAUUAAACAACUGGAUAAACUGCUUAACUUUUCUCUACCAAACACUUUGUCAUAAGUAAAUAAUCUGAAAUAUAUUUUUACUAUUUAAUUUGAUUUUAACUAUAAUUAACAACCUUAAAGAAUAAUAUUAAGAAAAGAAAUAAAUUAAUGCUAAAAACUCCCAAAAUUCGAUUGUUGCCUUGACCAAAAAUGAGGUUACACACAUGUAGAAUCCAUUUGUCUUGCAUUACCAUGGUGUAAAUCAUUAAGCUCACACAUUCACUUGCUCACUUUCAGUAAGCAUUUGUCCUGGUCAGGGUCACACUGACCCCAGAUCAUAUACCAUCUCCACUGGGAAUGAGGCAGGAAUACACCCUGGAUGGGACCCCACUCCAUCAUAGGACAUCAUGCACAUAUGUUCACACACUCAUUCACAACUAAUUUAUUUUAGUGAAUCCACCUACUGUCUGAACCAAGCCAGAACUGACAGUCAAUGGACUGACUUAGGUAAUUUAUGUUAAUCAUCCACUUAUUGGACUGUUUUUGGGUGGUGGGAGGAAACCAGAGAACCUGGAGGAAACCCACAUGGACACUGGAAGAAAAUGUACAGAAAGUCCGUACAGACAGUAACCCAAGUUGUGGAUCAAACCCAGGACCCUGGAGCUGUGAGGUGACAAUGCUUUCACAUUAAGAGAGAAAAAGAAGAACUGCACAGUUUAGUUGAUUCUUUGAGUUUUCAUGUUUCGAAAUAAAUUAUUAAAAUGUCAUUUCCAUAGCAACAAGCUAUCUAAAAGGAUUGUGCGUAAAGAGCAACCCACAAAAUCCAGCACCAGAACUUCACCAGAUGUCACUGGAAUUGUUUGUUUUGGCCAGAUGAGACCAAAAUUGAGCUAUUUAGCCAUGCACAUCACUGGCAUUUUUAGCAAAAAAAAAAAAAAAAAGGAGACUGCAUGCAAGGAAAAGACUGCUAGCCUAAUGAAUUUCACUGUGCCAGGAUAUUUUAAGCCAAAACAUGGUUGUCUCUGCCAGGAAGUUAAGACUGUGAUGAAGGGUUUAACAAAUGACCUGAACAUACGACAAAUCAACACAGAAACAAACCUCAAAAUGCAAAGGCAUUAGAGUAAUGUAAAUCAUUAUGUAUAAUGGUUGCCAUGAUUAUUUUCUAUAGGUUUCGAUGAAUGAACAAGAAUUACAGGAAUGGCUUCAUCAUGUUCUUCCGCUGUGAGCAUAAACCUGACAACAUCCAUCCUGAGGGUUCUUUCCGAACCCGAAUGCUGCGAGGUUUGAUCUUGUACCAUGAUGGACAUCCUGCCACUGCUGUCUGAACCCAACCAGAAUUGACAGCACUUUUAAAGAUUAAGCUUGGUGUAAACAAUAUACUGUAUAUGGGAUUUGUUUUCAGAGGUAUUCAAAGAUGUAAACAGUUUGCAUGCUGUGUACUGUACAAAUACUUAAUUUUGAUGAUGGUAUUUCGUAUUAAGCAUCUGUAAAUUCUACCUUGGGUUGUAAAACUGGUACAUGCUGUCUCUGAAUAGUGUUAAGCCAAAAAUGAAAGUAAUUCAAAAAUUAUUUUCUUAUGUCACAAAUAAAUCAGCUGUUUCAUUCAGCUUUGCAGUUCGUCUAACUCACAACAACCCCUUUCUGCAUGUAAGUUUUAUUUAAAGGGGCUGUUGCAUUGUUAUGGCACUGA